AUGGGUCUCGUAUACAACAUCUUCAUAGCAGCAUUCUGCUCGAUCGGUGCCUUUCUAUUCGGAUAUGACAGCGGCAUCAUCUCUUCUGUUAUUACAUUUCCUCCAUUCAAAAACUUCGUGAAUGAUCCGCGCAAUUAUGCUAGCUUGUCGGGGGCGGUGGUGUCUACAUUUACGGGCGGCUGCUUCUUCGGUGCUGCUAUUGCAGGAUGGUCAAAUGACAAGAUUGGUCGCAAGCGGUCGAUUCAACUCGGUUGUACGCUGGCGCUUUGGGGAUGUGCAAUGCAAUCCGGAGCCAACAAUUUUGCUUGCAUGCUGAUCGGGCGUAUCAUCGCUGGUUUAGCGAUUGGUGUUCUGUCAAUGACCGUGCCUCUGUACAAUACAGAAAUUGCGCCCCCCAAAAUACGUGGUCUUAUAGUGGGACUGGCGCAGCAAAUGAUUGGCAUCGGGUUUAUCGUUGCUAACUGGGUUGGUUACGGGUGUCAAUUCAUUAACUCGAACACCUCAUGGCGGCUUCCUCUUGGUCUCCAGCUUAUUCCUGCAUUCCUCCUUUUGGUCGGAACCCAGUUCCUCCCCUUCUCUCCACGUUGGCUCCUCGAGCAAGGUCGUGACGAGGAGGCACUUGCGGUAGUCAGGAAGUUGCACGGCGGCAACACGCCCGAAGCGAGGGAGAAGGCGGAGCGUGAGUUUUUAGAGAUGCAAAUGACUAUAAAGGCCGAGAUGACGGUUAAGUCGAGGAACAUCGGCGACCUAUGGGCUACGCCUGGGAUGCUGAAGCGCACACUUGUUGCGGUUGGCGUCCAAGUUUUUGGUCAAUUCUCUGGGAUCAACGUUAUCAAUUACUUCGGUCCUUCGAUGUAUACUGCUUUGGGACUCACGCAUGGCCAAUCAUUGCUAGUGCAGGGUAUCUACGGCGCCGUCGGCCCCAUCGCGAAUUUCUUCUUCAUCACGCUUUUAAUCGAUAGCGUUGGGAGGAAGAAACCACUAAUGUUCGGCGCGGGCAGCUUCGUGGUCACCUACUCAGUUCUUACCGCCAUUGUCGCGUCGUUCCCUCCAAGCGAAUCAACUAACCAUCCUGCUCAAUGUGCUGGUAUCGCGAUGAUAUUCAUGACUAGUAUUUUUUUCUCCUUAAGCUUCGGACCAGUCAGCUGGGUGCUUGCAUCAGAAGUGUUCCCUACCAGAAAUCGCUCUGUGGGAACUAGCGUUGCAACUUGUGCCAACUGGGCAUUCAAUGUGUUAUUCUCCCAGGUGUCGAAUUUGGCCAUCAGCAAUAUCGGAUGGAAGUAUUAUCUUGUCUUCAUAUGCUUAAAUUUUGUAGAUUUCAUUAUUAUCGCUUUCUUCUUUCCCGAGACGAAGGGCAAGUCACUGGAAGAGAUGGCACAAGUCUUUGGCGACGAAGUGGUAAUGCAGGAAAUACCUCACGAGCCUCGCGAGAAAAUGGUUGACGACGCGAAGCACGAAGCAUGA